GCUUCCAAACACACUCCUAACAAUAUAUAUAUUUAUAUAUAGGUUCAAAUAAAGACUCAUGAAGGGUGUGAUUGGCGUCGUUAAACCAUGCAACCUAGCCAGACCUACAGCCCAUGUGGCUGAAGUGUUACACUGUACUAACACUCGCAACAACCAUAGAACCAGACAGUUAAAAGUCAAGUGUUCUUGGAAUAGCGAACCGGGUAAGGCCCGGGUCGCAAACCACGUGGCUAAGUUGGGUCAGAAGUGGAGGGAGUACCAAGGGAUCAGGAACUGGGAAGGGUUGCUUGACCCUUUAGAUGAUGAUCUUCGGCACGAGAUACUCCGGUACGGGGAUUUCGUGGAAGCGGCUUACCGUUGUUUCGAGUUUGACACGGCAUCCCCGGACUAUGCAACAUGUAAGUUCACAAAAGACACAAUGUUGGAUAGGUGUGGAUUAGGGAGGAGUGGAUAUAAGGUGAGUAAGAAUUUACAUGCCACGUGUGAGGUUCAGAUGCCAGGUUGGAUUGAUAGGACGUCGAGCUGGUCUUCGAAGAAUUCCAGCUGGAUUGGUUAUGUGGCGGUUUGCGACGAUGAUGAGGAGAUUGCACGAUUGGGCCGCAGGGAUGUGGUCAUUGCCUAUAGGGGAACUGCUACAUGUCUUGAGUGGAUUGAGAACCUACGUGCCACGUUGACAUCAUUGUCUAAUGACGUGUCACCAGAAAGGAAAAGAGCAAUGGUACAAAAAGGGUUUCUUAGUAUGUACACAACAGCAACUCCCACAUGUCCAAGUUUAAGAGACAUGGUGAGGGAGGAGAUGUCGAGAAUUAUCGAGACCUACGGCAACGAGCCACUAAGUGUGACAAUCACUGGUCACAGUCUUGGUGCUGCCCUAGCCACGCUAACGGCCUAUGACAUAACCUCGACAUUCAAGAACUCCCCAAUGGUGACCGUUGUUUCCUUUGGUGGACCACGUGUGGGUAACCGGCAUUUCCGAUCACAACUCGAAAAUAGUGGGACCCGAAUCCUCCGAAUCGUGAAUGCGACGGAUGUCAUCACGAAAGUCCCUGGAUUCUUGGUUGAUGAUAGCAACGACAUGACAAAAAAAAGAGAUCAUGUAUCAGGGUUGCGCAAAUGGCUACAAAAACAAGUUGACGAAACCGAUUGGUUCAGAUAUGCUGAUGUAGGCAAAGAACUUCGGCUUAGUAGCUAUGCAUCCCCAUACCUCACCAAAAGCGACUUUGCCACAUGUCAUGACCUAAAAACCUAUCUCCACUUAGUUGAUGGUUUCGUGAGCUCCUCGUGUCCUUUCCGAUCCACAGCAAAAAGGCUGUUAGCGCGAAGCUAAACACGAGAAGCAAUAAUUUUUUGAUAGAUGAGAAAACGUGUAAAAAUUUUGAUGUCACAAAAAGUGUACAUGUUCCCAGAAAAUAGGCAAAACCCUAAAUGGGAAAUAAUGAUUGAUACAUAGUCAAGUAUAUGGAAAAAAUAGUUUUGAAAAUU